UUAAAGAAGGCGAGAGGAGAGAGUGAGUGAGGGAAGCACGAAAUAUUUUCAAGUUGCAAAAGUGAAUCAAUCCGCAUCAGUUCGACGCGCAAUCCACUGGAGGAUACAACUCUACGGUGAUUAUGAAUUCUGCGCGAGUAUUUAAAUACAACAUCAAAAUAAUAGUGAUGCAACAGCAGCAUAUAAAUUGAACGAGGAACUUGUUCAGUAGUUCGAAGGUCUGGUGGUAAAGCCAUUCCAUUCCUUGCGGUCAGAUAUGAUGGAGUGAAUGAAUCCUAUAGUAUGUAGUGUGUGUGUGUGCGCACGUUAUCUGUGUUGUUCCAAUAAUAAAAUUCGGAAGUCGAACAGCAACAACGAAAAGUAGGAACAUACAAUAUGGAGCACGCGAAGGAGAAGGCCGCAUGGAUUGCCAUCGACACAGUGAUCAUAAUAUUAACAUUAGCUGGGAACGUUUUGACUAUCUGCGCCAUCGUCCUCAGCAAGAAGCUGUCCGAGCUACUGUCCAACAGAUACAUCUUUAGUCUAGCAGUCAGCGAUUUGAUGGUUGGUCUGACCAUACCGUACCAUUUGGCAUUCACCAUCGGCAAGACAAUGCUACCCUCCUACAAGACCACAUGCGUCCUGCGCUUCGUAUUCAUAAUAUUGGCGUGCUCGAGCUCAAUUUACAAUCUACUUGCGAUAGCGGCCGACAGAUAUAUUGCCAUCGUCCUCCCUUUUCAUUACAGCAGGUACAUGAGCAAGAGGAUCGUCUACUGCAUCGUCUUCUCCGGAUGGUGUUUAUCCUUCACGAUAGCCACCACUCCAAUAUAUUGGAACGACUGGAAGAGUGGAUGCAACUGCACCUUGGAAUCGGUCCUUCCUGAGAAGUACAUCAACUUCAUCGUCACUCCAAUGUUCCUCUCGAUAUGGCUGGUCAUGUCUCUAUUGUACUUUCGUAUAUGGCGAGAAGCAGCAGAGCACGCGAAACGCCUCAGCCAAGCCACCCAGUCCAAACAGAAGAACAUACUCAAGGAAAACAAAUCGGUCCAGAUGGUUUUACUAAUACUGGGCUGUUUCUCGGUUUGCUGGCUGCCGUACUUCGUGAUAAUCACGUUCAUGAGAUUCUACGUGAACUUCGAAUCGUAUCUCCUGUACGAGGCGACAUUCACGAUGGCCGUGAUGAAUUCCUGCAUGAACCCGGUGAUCUACGCGUGGAAGAACAAGAACUUCCGAAAGGCGUUCGGCUGCAUGCUGCGAUGCCGAUCGCCGCGCACCCUCAACCAAGAGCCCAACUACAUAACGGACCACGUGCCAUCCGGGAAAACGAAGAGGAACUCGAUGACCGUCAUCUGCGGCGACGGCAUCAUCGUCGAGGAUGGCACGAAGACCAUAGAGAUGCAGUGCGGCAGGAAGUGCGACGAGAACAGCGACGCCACAAUCGUAACAACUUGUGUAGCAACGAACGAAAUGUAGUUUUUAACAACCAUCCGUGAGUUAAUUAAUCAUCAGAAGAGAUUGCUUUUUCGUAAUUGAUUGUUUUUGACCUGCCGCGAUGGGGGUAAUAUUAUUUAUGGGUUAAUCGGAGAUAGCGAUGUGACUGGAAGCAGCUGGCCCCGAUGGGAAGAGAACGGGAUAAAUAAUGAUUACAUUUAUCUUUUCAAAAUAUGUGUGUGUGUAUAUAUAUAAAUAUGCGUGUGCGUGCAAUUAACCUGACAUAAAUUAUGAAAUUAAAAGAGUAACCACCACAAAAACAAAAACAACAGUGGGCGGCGAGUUACGUAAGCGAAUGCGGAGAGCAAAUAUUUGUUGGAUUCUUAAAUUUGAAAUCCGACAACCCUUUCUUCGACCACGAUUUGCAACAAAGACAUGUUGGAGAAGCAAAUCCAGUCACAUCGUUAAUGGAGCUCUCGAAUCUAAUGUAAACAGCGCAGAAAUAGAUGUGUACUGGAAUGCUUUUGGCAUUGCAAAGUAAUAUAAUAAAUGCACCGUACAUCCAUAAAUACGGUGCUUCUCUCAAUUUACUUAGCUCCCCCUUCGUCAUACAUUUUUUUUUUCUAGUAAUUUCCAUUUGCAGUCGAUAUUGUGCAAUAUCUUAAAAGGUCCAGCUGGCGAAAUCCGAUAACCGACACUGUGAUAACUGCUUGUCAAUCCGUAACAUUCCCGAUUCGCUGUCCUUAUGCUGCUGCUGUUUGUUUUUUUAUUGUUAUCUUAAGCAAACAAAUAAUUGUACGAAUUACAUUGUACUAAGUCGAUUGAUUGAUUACGUAUGUAGGGAAAGGUUGUU